CACACCUUGUAGGACGUGAAAGCUUGUAAUGUAGGCUCAACGCAGCCCUGUUCUGCAAAGUAUAACCUGGACCUUCACCUGGAAGGCUGAUCAUCCGCCACCUGCAUUACCACGUGGCCCAAUUCUUAUGCGUCGCUAUUACCAAUGUGGUAUCACGAAUCCCUGACAUACAACAUCGCGAUGUUUGGUGCAAAGCCUAGACUCUUGAGUCUUGACCUAGAUGUUGAGAUGGGUGUCAAAGCCAGUCCUGUUUUACCAAACAGACAAUGCUGAACUGCGGACAUUAUAAGAUCAUGCCUGAUGGCAUCCAGAUAAGAUAACCUUCUACCUAUAAGUUCUGACAGAUUAACAGUUCCGAUUGCUCUAUGUCAAGCCCAGCUGGUUCGUCGGCAGACAUGCCAGGCCAUGAGCCACCACUUGGCCAAGAGCCACCAUUUGGCCAAGAGCCACCAAUUGGCCAAGAGCCACCAACAGCGGCCCUAGAGCCAUACAUGCAGCAGAAGCUCCUACAAAUGGAGCAAAGCAACAAGCUUCUGAGUGAGCAGGUCUCUACCCUGCUUAAGCACAUCGGAGGACCCUCCACUCAACAGUCGUUGGUCCAAAAACAACUUUGGUCUAUAUUGCCAGAACCAAGCAUCACACUACUGAUGCCAUCAAGGGACUUGAUGAAGUCGUCUCUCGAGACGGUCGCAAAAUUGACCUUGGAGAGUGACGGGUCCAAUUGGUAUGAGUUCGUCACUCGCGUGCUUCAAACCAUGCGGAGUUCCGGGACCAACAGCGCAAUUGCGUUCCCGACCAGCUCAAGGGUGGAGCUCUUCAGCAAGCUCGACAACAAUCCAGGCCUGAUUGAAUUACACAACCGCUGGCACGCCGCCGUCGUUACAUCAGCAUGGCAAUGCACGGCAGUGGUGGGCGAAGACACCCUUUGGGGCUGUAUGGAGUGCUUUGCUCCUGAUGCAUCACACUGGGAUGCAAUUCGAAGGCAGUUUGCCUCAAUCAAGUGCCGCACUUGGUCAGAGGUGGAUGUGAAGCGAUACCUUAAGGAGGUAGACGAGCUGUGCAAGGAUGCGCUGGCAACGGGCCACGACCCAAAAACAAAUGAGCUGGGUCAGCUCAUCAGUUGGGUCCUGCAAGGACUACCAAGGAACGAGAUGACCUCGAACAUUAUCCUGCUUGUCAGGGACCGUAUUGGCGGCUUCACCACGUACAGUUCCUUCGUCAAGUACAUUGUGGGAUCGGCCGUGGCCUUGAGAGACCACUAUCCGACGCAAAGUGCAAAUCUGACGACAAUGGCUGGCAGGCACGCGGUCAAGCCAAGUAGGCCCUUCAGUCCUGAGCACGGCUGGUGGCAUCCUGUUGCGGGUGGCUAUUGUGAUGAGGUAGGUCACUCCAUGAAGGAGUGCUUUAGCAACCCAAAAGGCGCGAACUACCGUAGUAAGACUGCACAUUGCUUGAGCCGCACUCUUCACAUCAACCUGAUGAGAGACUCCUUGUCAGUUGAUCCCGAAUCUCCUUUUACGAACGAAUACACAAUCGACUCGGGUGCCAAUCAACAUCUCACAGACUCUCGUGCAGAUCUGACAUCGUUUGUCAAUGCUCGCAUCAAAGUACAGUUCGCUGAUCAUUCGACGGCAUACACGGAAGGGUAUGGCAAAUUGACAAUGAAGGUAAGGGACAGCGAUGGUCAGACGCGUACCAUCACGCUUGACCAGGUCUUCUGUGCUCCAUGGGCACGUGUGAAGCUCACGACCUGGCGAGACAGGACGUACCGACGGAGACAGGAAGCUUAGGCGUGGAAGUGGGUUUGGCGGCAGAGACUGAGAACAAUGGAUAGUAAUGAGUAUAAACUGAUGUUGC